AACGAACCCCUUCAAAUUCUCUACUUCAUUAAAUUCCACAGUCAAAAGCUUCGGAAUCUUCAGAAAACAAAGGAGCACAUUUUUUUCAGCUCCUACCGCCAUCUUUUUUGGUUAGCUCACUGCGUUUUGGCGAGCAACACAAUAUUCCUUCUUACCCUUUCUUCUUCUUCUUCUCAAUAUCAAUCUUAAUAUUCUCAUUUGGUUAGUUAUAUUCCAAUACCCAUUUUCAGCAGUGAUGAAGCACAGGUCACCACACCAACAACAGCUCUUCUGGGCAAGGGUGGUCAUGCGCAAGUGGCUUAACAUGGGAAGCUAUGAGUCUGAUUACAGUGCUGACCCUGAUGAUGAUGAUCCGGAGAGUGGUUCAGACAAUGAAGAGUGGGAAAGACAGUCGCGAUUUGUUGAUGACAGAGGUGAUGAAGCUACAGAUGAAUCAAAAGAAUUUCUUCCAAGGUUAAGGAGGCAAAAAUCAUCAACUUAUAGAUCUCAGUAUAUAAACACAAAGGAGCUGAGGGUAUGUGUUGGGACAUGGAAUGUUGGAGGAAAACUUCCACCUGAUGACCUUGAUAUUGACGAUUGGCUCACUGUCAAUGAACCGGCUGACAUCUAUGUCCUUGGUCUUCAAGAGAUUGUACCCUUAAAUCCUGGUAACAUUUUUGGUGCUGAAGAUACUCGUCCUGUUCCAAAAUGGGAGAAUAUUAUUCGAGAAACACUGAAUAGAGUUCGACCUGAAUUACCAAAGAUAAAAUCCUUUAGUGACCCUCCAUCUCCAUCAAAAUUUAAGCCAUCAGAGGAUGUCCCUGACAUAGAAGAAGAAAUAUUCCUUGAAAGCGAUAGUGACAUUGGUGAGGAAGUCCAUCCUUUGGAUGAAGAAAACAAUAUUUGUGAUGAAGGUACUGAUGGAACAAACACAGAGGAAUUUGAGAAUCCAAAUGCAUUAACUUUUGAUGCUACUGAUAUUACCAACUCCGGUUUGCCAGUUAAAACUGAUUUACAGAGACAGUUUUCUUUUCCAAAGAUGUUUGAUAGGCAACAAGGUUUGUCAGAAAACCUUGAUACAUCAUUUGCUCAACAGGCCUCUAAAUUAACCAGAAUGCUUAGUGGGUCUGAAAGGAUUGGUUUGAGCUGGCCAGAGCCUCCACUACAUCUGCUAUCUCAGCGAGUUUUGGAUAGACCAACUUCUUUUAAAUCACUCAAAUCCUUUAAAUCAUCUAAGUCGUUCAAAACAUAUAACUCUUUCAAGUCAGUUAGGGAAGAAAUACCAGGGUUAGGUUUACUUCCUGAAAUUGACCUUGAAGCUUUGGUAAAGCGGAAAAGAAGAUCAUCAUAUGUAAGAAUUGUGAGCAAGCAGAUGGUUGGGAUUUUCAUCACCAUAUGGGUUCGUCGGAGCUUGCGAAAACAUAUUCAAAAUUUAAAGGUUUCAACUGUUGGUGUUGGUGUUAUGGGCUAUAUUGGUAACAAGGGUUCGAUAUCAGUCAGCAUGUCCAUAUAUCAGACACUUUUUUGUUUCAUAUGCACCCACCUUACGUCUGGUGAGAAGGAAGGAGAUGAACUUAAAAGAAAUGCUGAUGUUCAUGAAAUACUUCGUAGAACCCAUUUCCAUUCACUCUCAUAUAUUGGACUUCCCAAAAGAAUCCUUGAUCAUGAAAGAAUAAUAUGGUUGGGUGAUCUGAAUUACCGUAUCAACUUAUCAAAUUUGGAAACAAGAGCUCUUAUCUCAAAGAAACAGUGGUCAAAAUUGGUGGAGAAAGACCAGCUCAUGCAAGAACUCAAGAACGGUGUGUUUGGUGGAUGGUCUGAAGGCACGUUAAACUUUCCACCAACUUAUAAAUAUGAGCUGAACUCGGAUAAAUACUUUGGAGAGGAUCCCAGGGUUGGUGGAAAGCGCUCACCAGCAUGGUGUGAUCGAAUUAUUUCAUAUGGCAAAGGAAUGAGACUAUUGAGUUACAAAAGGGCUGAGUUCAAACUCUCAGAUCACAGACCCGUGACUGCCACUUAUAUGGUGGACAUUGAGGCGUUCUCUCCUAGGAAGCUACAACGAGCCCUGACUUUCACUGAUGCAGAGAUUGAAAAUGACGAAGCCAUAAAUUUCAGUAAUUGGAAUUUAGCUGCUUAACUGGAACAGGGAUACAUCAUGGGCUGUAAAGGAUAUUAAUUUGCAGAAUAUCGGGGAGCGUCAUCUUCUAACACUCAAUAUUGCCACUAGUAGAUAUUUGAUUCAUUCAUUCAUUUGUUUUUUGUCUAAUUUUUGCCUCCAUCUUUAUAGAGGAGAUAGUUGUAUGAUUUGUCUUUUAGGGAUCUCACCAAUAAGUAGAGUUAAUUGCUUGGUUGGCUGUAUCUUGUAUAUGUGAUUGAGGUGUGCCUUGCAUGUGAGAGCUUCAUACGUGUUUAGAAAAUAGAAGCAUAUAUGUCUAUGAUAUUUUUGCUUGUCCAAGGUGGUGUCGCCUGCUUUUAACUUCCAUUCACAGCAGCAAUAAAAUACAGCUUUGCUAAAAUUUGAAUUCUAUGCUACACAUCGUGCAAGAGAAAUAUAAACAUCGCUUUUAUUGUG